AUGGUCCAGCAGUGCCACUUCUGGCCCCCCGAAGAAGAGAAGGCGGAGGACAAGGAGCCAUUGUGUCUGGCCACUCUGUCCCCUGGGCAGGAGACAUAGAGGACCUCUCAUCUCACCAAGCAAGGCAAGGAGAUUCAGUCCCACACACCCGGGCCAGAGUCCGUGAGGAGAGGCCUGGCCCCCUGCACCCGGCUACCUCCCGCCCAGGAGCUGUGUGACCUGCUGCAGGGAGCAGACAAGCCUCCCAUGGAGUCAGCCAGCCUGCCCCAGGCUGCCCAGGAUCCGGCCCCAAAGUGCCCUUCCAUCCACCGCUCAGCUGCCAGAGACAAGAGGAGGAUUGCCCGCGUCCUCAUGCCCUGCCUGGCUGCAGGUGCCAAGAGGCGCUUCCCGGCCAGCAGCAGCAGCCCUCCUCCCAAGGCCCAGGGGUUGGGCAGCCAGCUCCCAGAGGCCCGCGCCCUAUCAGGCCAGGCGUCCAUGGCCACCAGCACUGUGCCUCCCAAACUCGUAACCCGCGGCCCACCUGAGCAGAGUUCUCAGAAGCCGGUUCCUCCAAAAGAGUGUGGGGGCAAAGUGCCCGCCAUUACCCGUCAAUGCCAUCUCAGCCUUUUUACGGACGAGGGUCUCAAGUUCUGCUCCUCCACCCAGGAUGCCACAGAGAAGGAGCUGAAGGAGGAGAAGGCGGCCGACCACCAGAGCCCCAGCAAGAGGAUGGACCCCGACGUGGCGGCAAACACCUUCCACAAGAUGCAGGGCCUGGAACCCGGCCCUGGAGCCGGUCUUCACAAGACCCGGGACAGAGGGGCUGUGUCCCAGGAGGUGGUGCCGGGGGGCAAGUUGGCCGCCCAGACCAGCUUCUCACUCCAGUGCCUGAACAGCCCCCCUGAAGAGGAUCCUUUGCAAGGGGCUGCCCUGUACCAGCGCCUCAAGGAGCACCUGCUAACCCAGGCCCAGCUCAAGGAGAAUGGCUACCCCUUCGCGCACCCCAAGCGGCCCGGGGGCGCUGUCCUCUUCACCGCCCAGGAGAAGCCGCCCCAAGAUGCCUCCUGCAGGCUGUGCUGCCGCUGUGGCACCCAGUACCUCGUAGCCCCUUCGGGCCACUGUGUGCACCAGGAAGAAUGUCACUACCACUGGGGGCGGCUGCGCCCCACUCCAGCGGCUGGGGGCUGGGAGAUUCAGUACACGUGCUGCUCGGCCCCCAUCGGCUCCCCUGGCUGCCAGGUGGCCCAGCAGCACGUGCAGGACGGCCGCCAGCAGGACCUGCAGGGCUUCGUGCAGACCUUGGACAAAGAGUUGCCCCCAGGGGCUCACCCCGGCAUCUAUGCCCUGGACUGUGAGAUGUGCUACACCACCUCUGGCCUGGAGCUGACCCGCGUCAGCGUGGUGGACAGCGCCCUGCGGCUGGUGUACGACACCUUCGUCAGGCCGGACCGCGACAUCGUCGACUACAACACCAGGUUUUCCGGAGUCACCGCGGCUGACCUGGCCCACACCAGCACCUCCAUCCGCGACGUCCAGGCCGCCCUGCUGACGCUCUUCAAUGCCCACACCAUCCUCAUCGGACACAGCCUGCAGAGCGAUCUGCUGGCCUUGAAGCUCAUCCACGGCACCGUGCUGGACACAGCGGUGCUCUUCCCGCAUCGCCGCGGCCUCCCCUACAAGCGCUCCCUUCGCAACCUCGCCGCUCACUACCUCGGACACGUCAUCCAGGACCGGAUGGACGGCCACAGCUCCAGCGAGGACGCCAGCGCCUGCAUGCGCCUGGUCAUCUGGAAGAUGGGACAAGACGCCGAGACUCAGCGCGGACGGCAGCCCAGCAUUGAGCUGUGUGACCUGCAGCUGCGAGCAGAGCAGGCUCCCAGAGAAUCAGCGUGCCCCCCGAAGUCCCCCUUCAUCCACCUCUCAGCUGUCGGCGACAAUAGGAUUGCCCGCAUCCUCAUGCCCUGCCUGGCUGCAGGUGCCAAGAGGCGCCUCCAGGCCAGCAUCAGCAGCCCGCCUCCCAAGGCCCAGGUGCUGGGCAGCCAGCUCCCAGAGGCACCCUCCCCGUCAGACCAGGUGUCCAUGGCCACCAGCACUGUGCCCCGCAAGCUUGUGGAAGCCACAGAGAAGGCACUCAAGGAGGAGAAGGCGGUCUACCACCAGAGCCCCAGCAAGAGGAUGGACUGGCAUCUGGCCACCAACACCUUCCACAGACUGCACAGCCUGGAACCCGGCCCCGGGCAAGACUGCAUUCCCAGCUGCUACGCCUCUAAUGCCUGGCGGCUGGUCUGCAAAGAGCAGAUCCUCAAGCCCCUAGAACUUUAA